AUGCUGGUGGACGGGGUCGGAGGUCAGGGUGAGGGUCUAGCCGGCCAUAGGAAGAAGAUGGCGGUGGAAUCACGCGUUACCCAAGAGGAAAUUAAGAAGGAGCCGGAGAAGCAGAUCGACCGAGAGAAGACAUGCCCGCUGCUGCUCCGAGUGUUCACCACUAAUAACGGCCGCCAUCACCGAAUGGACGAGUUGUCACGCGGGAACAUACCAUCCAGCGAGCUGCAGAUCUACACUUGGAUGGAUGCAACCUUGAAAGAACUGACUAGUUUACUAAAAGAAGUCUACCCAGAAGGUAGAAAGAAAGGCACACACUUCAAUUUUGCAAUUGUUUUUACAGAUCUUAAGAGACCUGGCUAUCGAGUUAAGGAGAUUGGCAGCACCAUGUCUGGCAGGAAAGGGACUGACGACUCCAUGACCCUGCAGUCACAGAAGUUCCAAAUAGUAGAUUAUUUGGACAUAGCAAUUACACCUCCAAAUCGGGCACCACCUCUUUCGGGACGCAUAAGACCUUAUUAAAUUGUAUUUACUAUUCAUUGAAUUUAUUUUUUGGGUCAGUUAUGUAAAAUAAACUUCCAUGCUCUUUUCCCUCUUCUGAUUAUUGCCAUUAAGCCUUUAAAUUGUAAACAAAUUAUAAUGCAUCUAUUUAGGAGUUAGAUUUGGAUGUACUAUGAUAUGAAUAUUAAUGGAAAGUCUGUGUUUUUCAAGCCCUUCUGUAAACUGUGAAGAAAAGUGCUCUUAGCAUUCUGUGUAAAACUGUAUUGUUAAAUACAUGUGUGCAAUC